GUAGCUCAGUGAAUCUGAGCUCUGCUUGGGUCGGAGAUCUUACUGAAUCUGAAAUAUAGCCUUUUGCUUGCUUUCUUGAUAUUGAGUUGUAUGCAUUAACAUGCUUUAACAUGGAUUGGGAUCUCUUAAGAGAUUUGUUCAGCCCCGCCAUGUGGCUCUGCAGAUAGCUUAUCCAGAAGAUCAACCCUCCAAAACAGCAUUGGAUUCGUUUUCUCUGCGUUUGCAAACAGGUGUUUUUUUCUUCCUCUGGCUGCGCAUUAAGCGCUGUUCCCGACCACCUGCCCUCACUUAAGCUCCACUUCUCUUUAUGUGAAUGCAUGGUCUUUUGUGGUGUGGGACCGUGUUAAACGCCUUCAUGGAUCAGGUUUGUGCGUGUUAGUUAUGGUGCUGAAAAAAGACAUAGUUGGAGGAUGCGUGCGUGCUGAAACUCUUUGUGCUACAAGAGUGGAACGUGUGUCUCACAUUUUUUGUUUGGUAGACCACUUUUUUCCAGGACAUAAAAAUGCACCAUUGCGGAGCGACGCCCAGACAAUCAUGAGAAAAUGAUCAUCUAGUAUAUCACUUUACCGCUCUAGCAAUAGGUACUACAUAUAUAUUCAAUAUUACAUAUUGAAUAAGGAUUUCUUCUGAAUUGCAUACUUAUGGUUAACAGAGCAUGACUGCAUUUUGGUAAUAAGGACAAUUUGCAUUCCAACUUCUUGUCACAUUCUCUUUAUCCACUGCAAGAAGAAAGGAAAGGGGGCAGAUCGUUUUUUAUAGAACCUGGAAGUUUUCUCAAGAAAACCGUCAAACUGGCAAUGGCUGCAGCGAUAGCCAGCUCCCUUAUUAGGCAGAAAAGACAGGCGAGGGAGCGGGAGAAAUCCAAUGCCUGCCGCUGCGUUAGCAGCCCAAAUAAAACCAAGGGUACUUGCGAGAAGCCCAGCCGACUGAGCGUCUUCUCUCGGGUUAAACUAUUUGGUUCCAAGAAGAGGCGAAGAAGGCGACCAGAGCCCCAGUUGAAGGGGAUCGUGACAAAGCUGUACAGUCGGCAGGGCUUCCACCUGCAGCUGCAGGCUGAUGGAACCAUCGACGGCACGAAGGAGGAGACAAUGGCUUCAGUAACCGUGUUCAACCUCAUUCCAGUUGGGCUUCGAGUGGUGGCCAUCCAGGGGGUUCAGACCAAGCUCUACCUAGCUAUGAACAGCGAGGGCUAUCUGUACACAUCAGAACACUUCACCCCGGAGUGUAAGUUCAAAGAGUCGGUGUUCGAGAACUACUAUGUGACGUACUCGUCCAUGAUCUACAGGCAGCAACAGUCGGGUCGAGGCUGGUACCUUGGCCUCAACAAGGAGGGGGAGAUCAUGAAGGGGAACCACGUCAAGAAGAACAAACCAGCAGCCCACUUCCUCCCCAAGCCUUUGAAAGUGGCCAUGUACAGGGAGCCCUCUCUCCACGACCUGACGGAGUUCUCCCGCUCCGGUAGCGGCACGCCCACCAAGAGCCGGAGCGCCUCGGCUGUGCUGAACGGGGGCAAGGCUGUGAGCCAGCACGAGUCCACGUAGCCUGCCUAACCCUAACACCGCCACCCGGGCCGGACGAAGACGCCUUACCUCCAGAAGAGCGUAACUCCAAGCAGACUUCUCUCUCCAAAACCAUCGGCAGUUCAGGACUACUACCACGGCAACCACCACCACAAACACCACCACAAACCACACUAGAAUACACUCCAUUAGGUCAAUCUUUCUUUUAUCUACACACUGUAGCAUCAACAGCAAACCACGUUUCACAUCAACCCCACUUUGAAAACACUUGACUUACAUAUAAAAGAAGACACUUGCACAAUGUUUCUUUUUCUGUAUAUCACUCUAUGGAUGUAACGACUGUGUAACCAGUUAGAGCAUCUUUUAAGGUUUUCUUUUUCUCUUACCAGAUGACAGUGACCAGUUUUCCUAGGUCCUGUUCAUUUAGACAACCCUUGCAUCUGUUGGCUAGGUCAGUCAGGCGGUCAUGGCAACUACAUUUGGCCUGCCCAGGUUGAGAAACGCCCCUGUCCUCUGCGUCACCAAUGCUUCUGUGAAUACGAAGCUACACCCCCCUGGUGGUGUGGGCGGGCCAACCCUGCCGGAGCUGCAGUCAGACAACCAGAAGGUAGCUCUCCUGCGUUCUAGUGCACACGCUCAGAGACUGAGCUUUCUAGCAUCGGAAAACAAAGCCUACAUUCAGCUGACCUGAAACCUGGUGUGGAAAGCAUGGCUCUGACACUUUUUUUGUUUGAGAGACGUAUGCACCUUGCUUUGCAAAUUUUCGAAUGAUGAAUUCGCUGAGAGCUUUUUCUUUAGAUUCAUUAUUUUUCUGUUUUAUUUUUGUAUCUCCCUCUUGUUGGUGUUGUUCUCCCCGUUCCCCAAUCCUCACCACCCCCUCUCAGAACUUGUGUUUUGUUGCUUAUUCCACAAUGAAAGGUUCCAGAACACCAAAGAUAGAGCUGACAGAGAGUCCCUUUAAGCUGUAUAAACCACGCCAAUAUACAGGCACAGCUGGAAAUGCUAGGAAAUGCUACACUAUUUUUGGGGUUUUGUAUGUUUUUGACAAGGCAAAGUGUUUUAAGCUCGAGAGAAAUAGAAAUGGACAAAGCGAUUUCACAACCCAUGGGAGUUGUAGACUGGUUCAGUGUUCUAGAAAGUGCACUCUCAGAAAGAGGGGUAGAGAGAAAGAAAGGGAGAGAGAGAGAGGUAUGAUUUGACUGUUCAGUGUUCCCAUCCCUCUGUUUCUAUUGUGUCACUUUGUCUCUGUCUUUUGUCCCUGUGAUCUGUUUCUCCCCCAUGUGCUUGUGUCAUGCCUUGCCCCCCUGCCCUCCCUGCCUCCCCCAAACUUUAUUGGCCAAGUCUGUACUCCAUACAGACAUGCUAAGGCCCCCACCCAGGACUCUUGUUUCGUGUUUGAGUAACUUAUUGUGGUGACAAUUUUCUAUCUAAAAAAAAUUAUAAUAAAGAAAAAAAAGAAUACUGUGGAAUUGUAGGUGGCUUAACAUUUUAUAGGAUAUGUCAUAUUUGUAAAAGUGGAGAAAAAACAAAACAAAAAAAAAAGACGAACAUCUUCCGUUUCUCGCACAGGGCAUGUAUGAACACGGUUGUGUACAAAGAGGACCCCUUUUUUUGUGGGCGAAGUACUCUUUCCCUUGAGCUGCAUAACUUCUUCAUAUGGUACAUGCUUUUGGGAGGCUUUUGUUUGUUGGUUUCUUUUGGGGGGUUUGUAGGUGAACCUAUCUGUUGCAUGGAGACAGCUGGGACUUCUGGACUAGAGCUGCAUGAUGUAGGCUAUGUGUAUUAACCCAUGUUGGAUCAUGUGUUCCAAUCUACCAGGAUAAAACUGAAAAACAACACGUACAGGCAGACAGUGUUCUGCCUGCUACUUUCCAGUUGUUUGUUAUUUGUUGUAUACACAAAAUGCACUGAAUAAAAUGUUUAUAUUAAGAUAUA